AUGGAAGAGCAUAGAGUCUAUGAGGUUGAAGAAGAAGAGGUGCAUAAGUGGGUAUUCACUAACAAACAGCAUUUACUAUCAUCAGAAUUAUGGAUCACUUUAGAAGGACCAACCCCGGAGUUCAAUAAAACAAUCAUUUACUUGAAUGAGAGCCAAGAAACGUUGUUACUUUCAUCAACCAAUCCUUUGACAUUUUAUGAGUUUGCAGCUGGUGAUGCAAAUACGUUUUUAAAUACCGUUCCAGUCACGGGAUGUGUGCGGAUGGCGAACAACACGUCCAGUAUCACUUAUAUUGAUGCCCAAGGUUACUCACUUUCUACACCACCAGGACUAACAAUUGGGGCUUCAUUGUUGGUGGUGAGCUUAGCAAGUGAUUACGGCUUUGACGGGUUGGGAACAAAGCUUUAUAUGAGCAAUACUGUUAUUUGUCGUGCUAGCCAAGGGGAAACAAUCCAAAUCCAGAAGAAGUUGAAAUUCACCUCAUUCCCCAAAGCACGAUUGAAGAAACUUGUUUGGAAGAAAAAGCAAAAAGCAAAAUCGGUGUUAGCUAGGGUCAAAAAUAUCUUCAAAACAAAGCAGCCAGAGACUGGUGUACAAUCAGCUAGUGUUGGGUUUUGGACAGAGGGGAAAUGGGAAGAUAUCUACACAUUGUACAAGUAUAAAAAAUUGGGGUUGCUUUUCUUCAAUGUCAACGAGUUGAAGCAUGAGAAACCAUUUUGUGAGAGUCGGCCUGAAUUUCUUCAGUGUCUGGUCUUCAAUCGUUGA